AAAUGACAUUUUUAAUCAGAUUAAAUGGAUAAAAAUAAUAAAUUGUAACAAUCAAUCAAUCAAUCAAUCAAUGAUGAUGCAAUCACGAUUGAUCGAUUGAUAAAUCAUCAAUACAAAACAUAUCGAUAGAUCAAUAUAGAUUGUGUCAUUGAAAUAAUUGUACGAUGCCAUCCAACGAUUUGGGUUUUGUUUCCAUGGUGAAAAAAGAAGAUUUGACAUAUAAAUUUCUGAUAAAGAAAAAAAUCUUUGUUUUAAAUCAAUUUUUAAAAUUUCAAAAUGUCUCGAAGUCGUGCUUUGAGUUUAUCUUCCAUUAUAAGUGGUUCUGGUGGUGGUCAUGAUAUGAUCACCAUCGAAUCGAAUCAUAUUGGCGUUCGUAAUGCACAACAUCUUACGAUUGCUGGUGGAUUCUUGGAUUUUGCACUAUUUGUGGCCGAUGUUGAACAUUUAAAAUAUUUACUGGAUGUUGGUUCAGAUCAUGUUAAAUAUUAUAUAUUAUUAAUCAUUUUGCUUUGUGCUUCAUUAAUUUUACAGUUAGUCGUAGUAUUUCUCAUGUUUAUCGUUGGCUUUAAGAAUAAUAAACCACGAGCAACAUAUCAACGUUCGUUUAAGAAAUCCAAUAAUGAUAAAACGGGUGAAGAAUUAUCAUCGAACCAAAAUGGACAACAACCAUCAUCAUCAUCGACAUCGAUAAGUGUACCGUUUAAUGAGAAUCAAAUGGUUUCCAUUAAUGACAAGGAAAAAGUCGAUACCAUUAAUCAUUUGACAAUAUGUUUGGUUACAAUAAUUGCAAUAUUGAAUGUAUUCAUCACUGUGUUUGGUGAUCGAUCAUCAAUCAAUUUUGAACAUAUGAAACAUUUAUCCAAUCAUACUGAUAAUAUAUCGAUUUAAUUUUUCAUAAUCUAUUUUAUU